GCAAUAUUUUAAAGAAGUAAAGAAAGGGGGUUGUAUUGUUGCGUUGUAUUGUAUUACUAUUUUAUUAUGUUUAUGUUUCAUUUUUAUUAUAUUCGUUUUUGUGGGUGACAGCUAAUUAGAUCUCAAGGGUGAUCUUGUCUUUGAAUUAUUUACUUUCUUUAUAGAAGAAGCGUAUUAUCCGUGCCUUUGUGCCUCGAAAGGGCGCGAGCCUAUGAGCUUGACUUCAGACACGGGUUGUCCUCAUCGUGCGGUUAAAAAGUAAAGACCAAACCUGUCAUUGCCACAUUUAGGGGAUUGGCGCUAGUGUUGUCCCUCGUUCUUCUGCACCUGGAUCAGUCUUUACGGCCACAUGACGGGGUGAAUGCCUACGCGCUCUAGCUAUCAGUGAAGAUGGCGGAUGGUGGUGUGGAAGCCGAGCCCGACUGGGCCGACCAGCUAUUGCACACAGUAGGAGACACAUUUCUAGUCAUGGAUAGUUUGCAAGCUGCGCUACAGCGACUCGAAUUUGAUCUUCGUCAGAAGGAUAUCUCGGAAAACUCCUCGACUGAGUACUGCAAUAACUUCUGCCAGGUGCUGAUGCAUUAUGCUGGAAGCCGUAACUCCGUGGAGCACGGGUUGCCCCUACUAGAGGUCUACUGUCUAUCCAUCAACUGCUUUGCAGCAGCAAGAUCUCACUUGACCUCGGAAUCGGACAGUGUGGCUCAUGUGUUGAAGCGACUUGCCUUAAGCUGCUUCGAGCUGCUCUUGUCCGUCCCCGUAAGCGAGGUCCCUUACAAUACAUGGAUGCAGUUCCACCACUCUGUACAGGUGGCCCAUGACUCGUUGCUGCAGUAUGGAAGCUCAGACCUGCAAGCACUUCUCCAGAUCACACAAGCAGGUGGACCAUGGAACCUCCAGAUUCUCAUCAACCUCCUGACUAGUCAGCCAACCGAAGCUGAGGAAAUCAGUGCCUUCAUUGCCUUAGAGGGAGAAGGUUUCAUGGAUAUGCGAAUCAAACACCUGGAGAAAUGUGGAGAAUUGGAGAAGGCCAUGGUCCUGAUGAAGGCCUGUGCAAAUUGCCCUCUCCUCCCCAACUACACCAGUUUCCGGCAAACCUUUGUGUCCCAGCUUUGCAAGAUGCUCCCUGCUGAAGAUGCAAUCUCAGAGAUCUCCAGACUCGAUGGGAAAGAUGUACUUGAGAUCAUUUGCACUAUGGAAACUGACGGGGAUGAAAAUUCGGCUUUCAUGCUCUGCACCACCUACCUGACACGACAGAUAGAGGAACAAAACCUUUACUGUUCCUGGGAACUAACUCUUUGCUGGAGUAAGCUACAGAGAAGAAUAGAUCCCACAAUGGAAUCGUUCCUGGAGCGUUGCCUGAAGUUCGGUGCCAUUGCCAGAACAGCCUAUCAUCUGCUCUUCCUCAUUCAGGUGGUCCAGACAGAGGCCUUGGGGCAUGGGCUGCCAGUUUCAGUUGAGCUGUGUGUCAAAGCACUUCAACUUCCAAGUCAAGAGGAUACAGACACAAGGACUGCCGUGUGCAAGACGGUGGCAUGUCUCCUGUCAGAGGACCUGGAGGUGCUCAGGGCUUGUCAACUGUCGGAGUUUAUACUACGGCCUUCUCUGGACUCCUUCACCUUCCUCGAGGAGCUCCACCACCAGCCUGAUCAGAAGUACGACGAGGAGAACGGCAUAAUCCCCAACUCGCUGCGCUGUGAGCUGCUUCUCACACUCAAAGCAAUGUGGCCUUUUGAUCCCGAGUUCUGGGACUGGAAAACUCUGAAACGCCACUGCAAUGGGCUACUGGGCCUCGGACCUGAAGAAGAAGACAGGGCAGCACAAGAGGGUGAUCUCACCCCAUUAGCAGCUAAAGACUCUGAGAGAGAGAAGCAGGGAAAACAAAGAGACGAAAAGGAAAUGACUGGUCUAAAGACCCAAGAUUUGGAGUCUACACUCAGCAACACCAGCCUUGAAGAUGCUGAUGAAAAUGCAGAUAAAGGUUUCAGAUCAUCAACAAAAAAGCAGCCAGUUAUCUCAGAGAGGAGUUUGAGAUGGCAGAAGUACAAGUUUUGUUGUAAGAUAUGUGAGAAAGAGGUCAUUGAGGCAAGGUUCUUCCAUCAUUCCAAAAAACAUUUGGACAAUGGGGUCUUCACUUGCCCUGUAUGCCUGGAAAAGUUCAGAGGGAAGAAGGAGUUUUGUUCCCAUUUCAGUACGCAUACACAAAUGCCAGCACCCGUGAAAAGCCCUCCAAAAAAGAAAAAAGUUAAAAAGAAGGUAGACUUGCAACAGGAAAUGGAUGAAGAUGAAGAUGAAGCUGAUGGACUGGAACCAGGAGAGAUUGCAUUAGAUCCAUCUUUAAGAAUGUAUUACGAGUCCACACAUGACCCUGAUGUACUGGACCACAUCUUGGAGCAAGCGGCAGCUGUACCCAAAAGGCAAGCUGAUCAAGACUAUAUCACUUUUGACUACAUCAGCGCUCACUUCACAUUCCAGAACCAGGAUACAUACAUGUGCCCUGCAUCCAACUGUUCCAAGACCUUCAAGGUCUUCAAAAACUUGAGUGUGCACCUGAAAGAACACAGCAGCAACGACCCUAACUUAAAGCACUAUUUGGAAAUGAAAGACAAACGGGAGAAAUGCGGGUUUUGCCGCAAGCAUUUCAUGACUCCUUAUCACCAUCGAAAGCAUAGACGAGUCCAUUUUGGGGACGAGCCUUAUAUGUGUAUGGUGGCUGGAUGUGGAGCCCGGUUCAGUGCCUCCAAUAAACUUGCUGAGCACAAGCAAAGCCACUGCACCCAGGUGCGUUACCAGUGUGAACUCGAAGGAUGCACCCUCUCCUUCAGUGAUCUCGCACGACUUUACCAUCAUGAGGCAGAGCAUUUUCGCAAUGCAGCGUACAGUUGCACUAGCUCAGGGUGCAAGAAGUUCUACUACUCCCGUAAAGAGUUCUCCAAGCACUUGGCAACACAUGGCAUAGCAUUCUCUGAGGAGGAUUUUGACAGGCAAAGAGAACGUCAGUUUAAACUUCCGCAUGUCACUUUGGAAAACGAGACCAUCCCAAAACUGCCUUGCAACUCAAAUGGUGUGCCGUCUGCAUCAGUAGUUAAUGGUUUACACAAAGACAACUCUUCCCCGUCCUCCCCAGAAUCAAGUGAAUUCAAGAGCACUCUGACAAAUGUGGCUGUGUGUUUUGAUGGGAAGAAAUUCACCUGUGGGUUUGAGAAAUGUCGCAAGACCUUUUCUAAAUCUAAGGACAUUCAAAGACACUUGAACUCGGCACACCCGGAUCAGGCGACAUGGGGGAAAAGGAUAAGACACAAAAGUCUGGAAAAACACAAAAGCUCAAAGCACGACACAAGGACUAGUGUAGGAAAUCAAGACACAUGUCCAACACGAGUAAACCCAGAGUUUAUUUGUGGGAAAAGUACCUGCGGCCCUCAAAAAAUUGCUGAUCCCAUCAAUACAUCACUCACAGCUUCUGCCACAAAAGACCUUUUGACCGACAUCUUGGUGAGCUUUGGACAGCUUAGCCUGCAUUGCCCUUUUUCCAGAAAAGGUUCACACGAUUCUCUACCAGGCAACUGCCCUUCCAAACAUUUGCCUGAAAAGUCAGCCCUUCCAGUCGAAACAAAGAAGCAGCCACUACUGAAUGAACUACUGAACAAACCAAUUGCUGAUAUUCCUUUAGAGUUUCAUCCUCAGACAUGUGACCCAAGCAGCUUCCUAAUUCAAGCCACAACCAAGCCUUACACAUGUGACAUGAAAGGCUGCAGUUAUCAGAGUGUCACUAGUGCUGCUUUGAAAAAACAUUACCAGACCAAGCACAGUAUCUCCAAGGAAGACUUGAAGGGGCUGGAGAAAUUUAAAGCAGAGUUCAAGUUCAAACCAUUUAAGUGCCACCUAUGUCCAAAGGGCUACAGAGAGAAGAAAGAAUUGAGGGGUCACUAUGUGCAGACGCACAACAUGAAAGGAGCCGUUCUAGAUCAAAUGAGCUGCUCUCCGAAGAAAAAGGAAAAAGAUGAAGGUAAAGUCCAAGACUCACCAAAAUCCAAAGAUGGCCAAAGGCAGAGCACUCAAAAAGAUCCCGUAGAGAAAGUGGAGUCAACAGAAGUGCCCGUGUGGCAACCUCGACUGCAUAGACGAAAAGCAUCAGUAGUAACAAAGGUGGAGGAUGAAAAUGAUUCGCUACCCGAGGAAAGUGCCAGCGAUUUCAAAGAUGAACCGGCUCUGCAACAUGAUGACCACACUGAAGAUGAGGUCACAAAAGAAGGAAGAGGCAGCCGGCGUCUGGUAACCAAGGGCAAUCUGUGUUACAUCCUCACAAACUACCAUAAGCCCUUCCACUGUGUACAUAAAGACUGCAACUCUGCAUUCACUAACCAGAGUGGCCUGGUACGGCAUCUGGAGACUGUACACCAUUAUAAACGAUCACAGCUGUGUCUGGAGGAGGAAAAAGAGGCGCAGGAAAGCGUUGAAGUAAAGAAGGAGUCUCCAAAACCACCCCAGCGUUUCAUUUGCAAGUACAAUGGCUGUGGGCAGGGUUUCAACCACUCAAAGAGUUUGUGGAGGCAUCAUCGUCGGAAGCACUCUUCCAUGAAGUCAUCCUCAGGAAUGUUGAUCACAUCUAGGCCCCUCAGCACAUUACAAAGAAGGGAAUCUGAGGAACCCAUACCACGAUUCAAGUGCACAUAUGCCAAUUGCAAUGCUAGUUACCAUCUGAACAGCAGCUUGGUGCGUCACACAAACAAUGAGCACCACAACCAAAAUUCUACCGACCAGAAUUCUGAAAAGGUGGCACCUACAUCUGUGCAAUGCAAGUUUGAAGGCUGCAUGAGAUUUUUCUCCCAGAACUCAAACUACAGAAGACAUGUGUUUUACAGGCAUUUUGAAUACUAUGAAACUGUAUUACAUCUUGAGAACGCCAACAAGAAAGACGAACCUGCCAGUGGAUGCCAAAAGAAGUUGAUCACCACCUCUCCCAAGCUACCCUCACGACAUUCUUUGAGAGUCUGUUCAAAGUCCCCAGAACCUUAUCAGCCCGAGUCCCCAGAACCUUUUCAGCCCGAGGAAAGCAAUGAGGAGAGUGUGAAGAUCAGUACACCACAAUCUUCUUCCAGGAAAAGAAAGCCUCUAGUCUACCGCACUCAUGAGGAGGCAUUGCAAAUGUGUCAAGAUCGCUGCGUACCUGACGCAUACCCCUGCAUGGUGCAGGACUGUAACUCAGUUGUCAAGCUUAGAAGCUUGUGCCGGCACUAUGCGAGAGUCCACCGAUUGUCAGAGUAUCAGUUCAACUUGCAGAAGGAAAAGCUGGUUUUCAAUGCGGAACAAUUAGAGGAGAUAAUCCAAAAGAAAUCGGCGCUCGUCCUUCCAGACAUGGUGAGAUCGCCUGGUGGGGUCCUUAAAAUGGAGUACCAAGCAGAGCCCGAUAAUCCAGGAGGCCCGCCUCUGCCAAUGAGCCUUCACUCCAUCAAAACGUCGCAAAUAGAGGAGCGAGAUGUAGUUGUGCUCUCGGAAAAGCCACCAUCUGAAAGUGGUAGCAUGAUGGUGGAUGCAGACAACUUGCUCUACGGAGAAACUCCUGGACACUCAGAGGCAGCACCAGAGGUGCAAAGUAGCCACAGUCAAAUCAGCCAGCCACAAUCUCAAAAUCCUCCUCCUCCUGUGCAGGUUACGCUAGUAGACCUGUCCCCACCACCCUCUCUCAGAAUAAGCGUUGAUGAAGGUUUUCAUUCUCCAGGCAAUGACAGUGCCAAGUCUCCCAAACUCCCUGCGACACCAACACCCUCUGUAACUGUGCCUGUUACUUCAACCCGGCAGCCUCUUAAGAGAAAAAAUGACCUCACCGAGACUCCACCCCCUUUGUCUCCCGCCCCCUUGUCUCCGUCUCCCUCAUCUCCCCCCUCAUCUCCCCCCUCAUCUCCUUCUCCCUCGUCUCCCUCCGCCUCAUCUCCGUCCGCCUCGUCUGCCCCCUCCUCGUCUCCCUCCCCUAACUCGAAAGACUCGUCUGUCCCCAACUCAAAAGACUCAGCACCUGACAGCCCCGCCGCACCCUCUUUUGAUUUGGCGUCCUACAAGCCAAUAGGAUUUGAAUCCUCUUUCCUUAAAUUCAUCCAGGAAAAGACAAAAGAUGAGCCAUGUAUUCAGCCGGCAAAGCCUGUGCCCGCCAAACGUGAGUGUCAUCGGCGGAGCUGCUCUGUUAAAGAGAACAGCAAGAGAGGACUGAGGGUCACCCGCAGUUGUAGACUGGGCAGGGUAUCGCCGCUCAAGUCCAUUCUCGCAGCCCGUGACUUUCACUGUGUGGAGAACCUGCGCCACAUCUUGGACCGAGCCCUGAAGGGCUGUGGUGAUGAUCAAGCCAUCAAGCAGCUGCAGUACCUCAGGCCGGUCGUGGUUCUAGAAAGGCCAGUCGUGGUUCUAGAAAGGUCGGUCAUGGUUCUAGAAAGGUCAACAACACUCUCAACGUCUUAAGAUCACUUAACCAUAUAAGAUAAUAAUCAAUAAAUAUUUUCUGAUGGUAGUUCAAACACUUUGCACCUUCCAUAGUAAGAAUCAUUCAGAUUUUUUUUGAGUAAUACUUUUGGUUCAUUUUAUUUGCCAAACUAUCAGUUGGGUGUACUUUAAUUGCUUUGAUGGUGUAUAUGGAAGGAUUUGAAUAAAGACUGCCACAAAAUACAUUGAAUACACCAUAUUUUUAAUUAAGCAGAGCUGUCAAGAUUAUUCUGAUUCUGCAAAAAUAUACUGCACUUGGUAUUUCCAAAACCAACAGUACAUUGAGUACCUUGAGUGAUGGUUACAUAGUUUCCCAUGUUACAACAAUGAAUCAUUUACUUUCAAUGAAUGUUUUCAACCAUCACACUUUGCUUCAAAAUAAGUAAUAAUGGCAAGGCUACAUUUAAAGCAGAACACAGUGCUGUUUUUUGUGUGUAUUGCAAUGUAAAGUGUUGCUCAUCUCUACAUAAAUGAUUUGAAAUUUAUGUUGGGACUAUUUCUACACACCCUUAAAUGAGUAUUUUGAGUUGUAACUCCAAUAAAUGGAGAGGACAAAUAUAUAUUUCAUGAAGCAGUGUACAUUGACUUGAUGCAUAACUGAUUUUAUACAAAUCUGUGAGUAGUUCCGAGUAUAGAUGAGGACUUUGACAUUUCUGUAAAUUAUCUGGGACAGUGGCUGAUUUUUAUUUUUUCUAUAUUUCAGUAUUCUAAUAAAGUUCUGUGAAAUAAAGCCAAACCUAUUCUUACUUACCUUAAAACUGAAAUAAGUAAUAUUGUAUUUGCGGCAUCUGUUUAAAGUAAAAUAUAUAUGUUGUAUUCACACAGCUUAAAUGCAAAACGGCAAAACAAUGAGUACAGUAUGACAUUGGCGCAUGGAGAAACUAUAGGCCUGAGCCUACAUUUCAGCCAUUUAUAUUUUGAGAAAUAAGGCUACCCAUUUUACCCAUGACAUGCAUAAUAGUAGUACAUUGUCAUUGUCAAAAAAUGCAGUACAGUGAAUCA